AUCCAGAAAGUUAAUACUGAUGCUUCUUUCUUCCACAGGUGGUUUUCUCACUUUUAUAUUCUUUCUGUGGUCUGGAAUGGCUUCCUGCUCCUAUUGCUUAUUCAAGCUUUAUUCCUAGCAAGACCUUUCCCGAUAUGGCUUCAGGAUUUGCUCAGUGCUCUUGGUGGAGCUUCGCAGAACCAGGAUGUGGGUGACAAACACCUGUCAGCCCUCUUGGUUCUCAUGCUCCUGUGGCUACACAGCUUUCGAAGGCUCAUAGAGUGCCUCUGCAUCAGUGUCUUCUCCAGUGGUGUCAUUCACAUCGUACAGUACUGCUUUGCACUUGGGUACUAUAUUGUUAUUGGCUUAACAGUGCUGUGUCAAGUGCCAGCUAAUGUCAGCAAUGGAAAAGACCUCUUUAUGCAAAUCUGCUGGUACCACAUCCUAGGAAUUAUGAUGUACAUUUGGGCCUCUGUUCACCAACAUAGAUGCCAUGUGAUUCUAGCUAAUCUUAGAAAAAGUAAAUCAGGAAAGGUAGUAAACUUGAGCCACAGCAUUCCUUUUGGAGACUGGUUUGAGAGAGUAUCUUGCCCACAUUAUUUUGCUGAACUCCUAAUAUAUGUAUCCUUGGCCAUCACAUUUGGAUUUCAAAACUUAACAUGGUGGCUUGUAGUGAUGUUUGUGUUGUUUAACCAGGCAUUGGCUGCAGUUCUGUGCCAGGAGUUCUAUGUGAACAAAUUCAGCUGCUACCCAACACAUCGAAAAGCAUUUAUACCAUUUCUUUUUUAGAACCUUUAUUUUUGUUAAAUAUAUCUUUAAUGUAACCUGUGAAAUGCUGUUUAAAAGGUAAUGGAAGACUGAGGUUCUCAGGAGUAUGGUGUAAUGCAACUGCUACAGAAGGUGUGGUGAAACAAUACUGAUUGUCUGAUUCCAGCUCAAAGCUACACAGGAUUUUAAUGAAAAAAAAGUUUCAUUUUGAUUUAAUGAUAAAGGAUCUGUGACAGAUUUUCGGUUACCAAUUUGCCUGAGGCAUCCGGUGAUCAGGCUGAGGCCACAGGAUCUUUAGGGAGGAGAUGACGAAACACACCAAGUGUCUAAAUUUUAAAGCUUUAUUAAUAAAAUAACAGCAGAGAGUGAUGUGUGCUCCCCACGUCACUCAGAGGAAGGAAGAACGCGUUAGUGCCACAAGCCCUAACCCACUUUCAUACUCACACAUGCUCUACCCAAGGCUGACCAAGCCUGGGUGUAACGUAAGAAGAAGCGGGGGCAGGAGAGGAUGGAUGGGAAUUCUGUCCUGUGCGCACAGGUUGUCCAGGGUCCGCUGCGAUCUCUGAAUUACUCCAGCUCUCAGGAGGGUUUUUAAGUCCAGGGUUCCUUUGGGGGUGUUUCGUUCUGUGACUUCUGUUCCUGGUGUUCUUUGUACCAGUCCAAACCGGCUUUCUGUGGUCUCAACUUUCCCAAAACACACCAGCUCCAGGGACGCACAUCUCUGCUUCCCGCCUCUCUCCUCCCCUGCCCCCCCACUGUCUCGCCUGUGUUUUCCAUCUCUGCAGCCCUAGUUCAAUGUACUUUUUCUUUUCUCAUGGCUGUCUGUGGCUGAGUGAGAGAUAAACGCAGCUGCAGAUUUCUUCUCUAGUGCCAUGACCUUGGACUGGGACCAGUGUAGCGUCUUACUGUUGGACUGAGCUAGCUAGCUACAGUGUUGAGUUAACCCGUUCUCUGCUCUCUUCCUCCUUUCCCUUUGGCCUUUUGCACCUGCAACAUUCCACACUCUUACCUUUGACUCUUCCCAAAAUGCCCUGUGAUGCUUGCAACAGCUUUAGUAAUAUACAAUGAUGACCUGCCUCCCACAGGGGGACCCCUUGAGGGAGGGGGCCAUUGGGGUGUGACAUAUCUACAGUAUGUACAAUCUGAACUGUACGUGGUAUUAAAGACCUCAGUUAAAAUUCAAGAACUGCUGAUGUUUAACAUUUGUAUUUUUGACAUUCAUGUUUAAUAUUUAAACCACUUUCAUUGCUGUUAUGUAGCAAGCCAAAAUGUGUGCCUGUAUUUUAUAUGUGUAACACACAUGUAUGUAGGGAAGGGAAGUUGCUCAAAGUGAGGAGAAACCACUGUAUUUCAUGUUUUAACUAAUAUUUUAAAAGAAAACUAUACUCAUCCCCCACACACCGUGGCCAUUAAAUCUAUUAAAAGAAGCUAACUGUUAAGGAAUAUGGUGCAUUGCCUCUAAAUAUUUUCCUAUGGAUAAUUUUGAAAGUAGUUGGUAUUCUUAGAGGAGAGUGAGUAUGGGAUUAAUGGGGAGAGGAAACCAGGAUAUUUCGAAUAUAAGGAUAAGGGACCCCCACUUAUGACUGUUUCAUUUUUUGCUAAUAUAUAUACAUCUGUUUCAAUUCACACCUUUCAGAAAUACCAAAUACAAUAAAAGGUUGAGAAAUCUCUUUGAUGGGAAGGAUGGGUAUUACACUGACUGAUGCUCAUUCUCAAUAGCAGAAAUAAAUCUACUUUUUAGGCAAUAGAAGUCAGUGGCUGUGUUUGACCAGCUUGUUGGAACAGGAAUGUCUCCAUGCUGAUUCUUUGUAUAAGCAGUUUGUACCUCAGGGUCUGAGGAAAGAUUGGGUUACUGGUUUUUUAGAGCAGAACGGCCUUAUGACUGAAACCACAAGGAUGCAGGGGAGAGCAGGCAAACUCUCACCCUUAGACACUUUGGAUUUGCUUGGUAUCUCUUUAAAACAGAAUCCAGUCUCUGAGCUGGUGGUGGCGGCGGAUCCACAAGCAAGCAUACAGGAGAGUGUGUAGAUGUUCAUAGCACAGAGGGGCUGCAGUUGGUGAACACACCUAGCCAGCAAAGGGAUUCCUGUAAGCAGGGAGGUUCAGUUUUCAACCUUCUAGGAAAAAGGUUGGGCGCGGGGAAGGACCCAAUCUGCUGAAGGGAAGAAUGAGUGUACAGCCUUGAAAUUGUUAGCAGAUGAGAAUUUGAAAGCUAGUGUCUGGGUUGAUACAAUCUACCUGGCUGACAAGGGAGGGGGAAGAUUUGCUCCAUAGUUGGUAGCAAUGAGGACACACCUGGCCAGCCGAGGGAUUCAGCGAGACAAGAGGCAUGGUAUGACCAAGAUACUUAUAAACACUGACUUGUAACAAAUUUGGUGUUACUGUUAAGGUUUAACCUUCUAAUGUAUUUGAUUUUGAUGUCAACCCUGGUAAAAAGAUCAAAGUGUAUGACUGAUACAAAGCCUGUAAACAUUUGGGAAUAAUACCUAAAAUCACAUUGUAUGCUAGAGAGCUUUAUGAUAGUGAAAUGUUACAACCGAUACCUGUAAGCAAUUGUGAAACUUGGCAAUGCAGAGAAACCUUUAUAAAUGUAGUCUGCUGUAUAGAGAAGGAAACUGAGGCACAUUACCACAUUGCUGUCGUGGCUAAAUGCCAAAGUAAUUAUACCCUUGAGAGCAUUAAUGUCUAUAUUGAUGUAACAGAGAGAGAAUACUUUCAGAAAAUGAAGGUAGCUGUAUAUAAAGAGCCUGAUUUAGUCAGACAUGAUUUUGAUAAACUAUUUCUGUUGUACACUAAUACUUGUGAUGUAAACUGAAAGUGCAGUAAUAUAGGUCCUAGAAUGGAAAAUUCUUGUAAGGCAUUCAGCAGUGUCUAGGGACACCCCUUUCUGCAUCAAUUUUGUGUGGGGUGUGUGACGCUGUAUGGAUUCUGGGAGACACUUGAGGAUAUUAUGAAUAUUGUAAAACUGCAAUGAGUUGUGCCAGAUAUGCCACGUAAGAUAUCUGCAAAAAUGUUAUAGUUUGCUAAAUACAAACACAUACAUGAGAUUAUUGUAUCACAUUUGUAUUUUGGGUUAUACAUAUGUAUCUAUGUCUGUAUUACAAAACUUGUGCUAUGCUUCUGGGUGACAUCCCCAGACAGUUUGGGCAUCAGCUCUGCCUAGCCUAGGGAUCCAAUCCCUCACACAAUGCACUCCUUUUAGAUGGGCCUAUUAAGGACCAUCAGCUAUACAAUUGACCCAUUGAGAGAAGUCAGAGGAUACACCUUAUGACUCAGCAAGGCAUGCAUAGGUAUGCCUAUGGCCGGAAAAGGCUUCCAGGCCAGUGCUGGGCAGUUUUUGUGUGAAACAAAGGAAGCACAAGCCACAUGGCAAAAGACUAUAAAAGGCAGCUGCAUCUUCUCCAUUUUGUCUUCAGUCCUGCUUCUGACCUCUCGAGGAACUUUGCUAAAAACCAAAGCUCUGAACAAAGGACUGAAUGACCCAUCCAAGCUGUGGAUGUACUCCAGAUACUUGACUUAAGCCAGCGGUUUAUUCCAUAACUGUUACAAACCUGAACCAAGAACU